AUGGCCGAUCCAACAUCAAGGAAACUAACAUUCAAGAAGAGGACGAUAGGGUUCAUGAAGCAACUCGACGAGCUAACGACUCUCUGCGGCGUCCAAGCUUGUGCUGUCAUCUUCAGUCCGUACGAAUCGAACCCGGUGGCUUGGCCUUCAAGAGAAGGCGUUGGAGAGGUGUUUUCGGAGUUUAUGGGGAAACCGUGGAUGGAACGGACCAAGAGGAUGAAGAAUCAAGAGAGCUAUACGCGGGAGAGGAUCGAUAAAGAAGGAGAGCAGUUGGAGAAGCUGCGUAAUGAGAACCGUGAGUUUGCGAUAAGAGAGAUUAUGGUCGAUUGUCUCAAAGGGAAGAUGAUGAUGGAGAACUAUGAGUACAAUCCAAGUGUUGUUCAAGAUCUGCGUUCUCACAUUGAUAGUUAUCUCAGUGAGCUAACUUGCAGGAUCAAGAACCUUUCGGAGAACGACCAGUCUUAUUCUCUCCCUCCUUUCUCUCUUGUUGCUGUUGCGGAUACUGUGAAUCAGCAAGAACCGGUUCAAUAUCAAAAUCUGAACCAGCAGCACCCGGUUCAAUAUCAAAAUGUGAAUCAGCAAGCACCGGUUCAAUACCAAGAUCCUUCUAAGUUCAAUGGUCGUGUUCAACAUCAGAAUCAGAACCUGAACCAGCUGCACCCGGUUCAAUAUCAGAGCGUCAAUCAGCAAGGACCGGUUCAAUACCAAGAUCCUGCUAAGUUCUUUGGUCAUGUUCAGAAUCAGAAUCUGAACCAGCUGCACCCGGUUCAAAAUCAGAACGUGAAUCACCAAGGACCGGUUCAAUAUCAAGAUCCUGCUAAGUUCUAUGGUUAUCAGAAUCUGAACCAGCUGCACCCGGUUCAACAUCAAAACGUGAAUCAGCAAGGACCGGUUCAAUACCAUGGCCCUGCUAAGUUCAAUGGUCAUAUUCAAUAUCAGAAUCAGAAGCAGCUGCACCCGGUUCAGUAUCAAAAUGUGAAUCAGCACCCGGUUCAAUAUCAAAAUGUGAAUCAACAUGCACCGUUUCAGUACCAAGAUCCUGCUAAGUUCUAUGAUCAGAAUCAGCAGGGAGUCUAUGGUACAAACUCGAACCAGAGCAAGAUUCAACAACCGUUGAUGGGACAUGCAAGCAUUCCUUCUAUGGACGAAAAUCCCUACCGCUACUAUCAACUAUCGACCGCUGAUCUCGCUAGCACCAGUCGCAUGCCUUCCACCACCACCGCUAGCACCAGUCGCAUGCCUUCCAACACCACCGCCACCGCUGAACAUUUUGCUCCUGACAUCAACGACUGGUUCGAGUGA